UAAUGACUGAACCCGGAGGUAACACUUCUGCUUUUCAGGCCUUAAGUACCCUCAACCCUGGUGAAGAUGGACACAACAGACUUGACCCUGAGCUGAGCAGCCUGCAGAGAAGAGAGAGAGUUGAUUUAUCUAUUUAUUGAACUUUUAUUGUACCAUUUGAGUCUCUGACAUUUAGGGUAAAGAUGGUGACCUGUGGAACUCUGGUGAAGAUCUGGACAUUAGCCGUCGUCAUAGCAGCACUGGGCUGGACUGGGACAGUAGAUGCAGAAAAGCUGGUGUCGUGCUGUAAGACAGUGUCUAGGACAGAGGUGAACGAUCCCAUCACAGGCUACUGGAUUCAGAACUAUAACGCUCCUUGUGUACGGGCCGUCAUCUUUGAGACGAAGAAGGGUCUGUUCUGUAGUUACCAUAAACAACCCUGGGUACGCCGCAAGAUUCAUCAGUUUGAAAUGGCCCGUCUGAGCUCAACAUUUCUCUCGCUCUCCAUUCCAAACUCUCUCACCUCCACCUCCACCCCUACCACUACCUCCUUACCCUCCUCUCCACCCUCCAUCAACUCCUCUCCUCCCUCUCUCACUUCCACCAGUACCUCCUUAACCUCCUCUCCCUCCUCCUCUCCUCCCUCUCUCACCUCCACCCCUACCUUCUUACCCUCCUCUCCUCUUUCUGUUUUCUCCUCUCUUUUCCCUCUUUCCUCCUCUUCUCCAUCCGUACCUUCCUCUCCUCCCUCUCUUUCCUCCUCUCCUUCCCAUCUCCUCUCCUCUCUUUUCCCUGCCUCCUCCUCUCCUCCCUCUAUCUCUUCCUCUCCUCCCUCUUUCUCCUCCCCCCGUCAUCGGGAAUCGACCAAGAAUGCCUCAACUCAGCAGUCAACAUCCAACCAAUAGAGUCAUUGCUGAUGGCUGAAGCUCCACUGAUGUUCAAAACAUAUUACAUUCAUGUUGAAUAUCUUAUUCAUAUUGAUGUUUUUCAUAGUCUGAUUAUCUAGUUAUACUUGAACUCAGUUGCCAUAAUCAUGUUCAAUGGGUUGUUAGAGUUUUUAUGAAUUACAUUUAAGACCAGUAUUGUAUGUGCCCAUUUAUUUUAUUUAUUCAAGUACUUAUGGGGGCUUGUAGAACAUUUUUGAUGUUUAGAUGAAUAAGUUCAUAUUUGGCUGUUUGUAAUUCAUCAUGUCAAUAAGUUAUCAAUGUUAUUUAAUAAAUGUAUUUAUUUAUUAAGUA